GAAAAGAAGACCGUUCAUCGAUAUUGCUGCAUCAUUUACACAUUUCAAAGUUUCAACAAAGAAAGAAAUACCCUCCCUCUCCUCUAUACAAAAAACACACACACACAGCGUUUUACAGUAUUAUAUCUUCACUCUACCCCUCUACCCCCUCCUUUACCCUUUUCUUCCAGGCAGAUAGACAGGGACCUCAUUUUCGCCUAUUCCUCUUCUCUUUGUAGAUUUGAAGGGAUAGAUAGCAUUCUUGAGAGAGAGUUCAAAGCUUUGUGCUAGAUGUAACAAUGGUUGCAGGCAAAGUAAAAGUGGCUAUGGGUUUACAGAAAUCACCUGCUAAUCCAAAGCCAUCGAAGCAGGAUUUAUCUCCUAAGCCUCCUUCUCCUUCACCCAGCUGCCCAAAACAGCAAACAUCCAAAGGUGCUGUGUUUUCUCGCUCUUUUGGUGUUUACUUCCCCCGUUCCUCUGCUCAAGUUCAGCCUCGUCCACCGGAUGUUGCGGAGCUUCUACGCAUAGUCGAAGAGUUGCGUGAAAGAGAGUCACGUUUGAAAACAGAACUCCUUGAGAAGAAACUGCUUAAAGAAUCAGUUGCUAUACUUCCAUUGUUGGAGAGUGAGAUCAGUCUAAAAGAUGCGGAAAUCGAACGGAAAGGUCGGAUGAUUGAAUGCUUGGAGGUGGAAAACGAGAGGCUUAGAGAAGAAGUAGAGAUGUUACACAUUGAGCUAUCGAAGCAAAAUGGGAGGUUUGAUGAGAGGAUAAAAGCUAUGGAAGCUGAAAUUUCUGAGCUGAAGAAAGCUAAUGAAGAGUUAUCACCUCAUAGAUUUGUAGAUGUAACAAAUGGUGCUCACAACAAAUCUAACCUCGCCAAGUAUUUGAGGAAAUGCGUGACUCAACCUAGCAUUACUCUAACUUCAAAACCAGAGUGUGAGGUGAAAGAGGAAAUUGUUAGUGCAUUGGAAAUGUGUGAAAGGCCUAGACAUUCUAGGUCUAAUUCAGAUGAGCUAGCUGAGAUAUCGGUUGGGAUUAUGAGUUUAAGAUCACGAAUUCCUCGAGUUCCAAAACCACCACCGCGGCCAUCAUCGGCACUAUUGCCAUCAUCCUCAUCAUCUUCGUCUUUAUCAUCUUCUUCAUCUUCUCCUUCGUAUAGUUCAUUAUCAGAUUCAGCUGAACGUGCAUUAGCUGAAAUUUCUAACAUUCCGCCUCCACCUCCGCUACCAGCACCGGCGCCCAACAUGGCAGCAAAUCCUCCUCCACCGCCGCCGCCGCCACCACCACCACUACCUACAGCAGCGUCCAAAACAGGCCCACCACCGCCACCACCACCACCACCUCCGAAAGGUUUAAAGCCUUUACAAGCAAAUGUUAGGCGGAUACCUGAAGUAGUGGAGUUUUAUCACUCUCUAAUGCGGAGAGACUGCCGGAGGGAUUCCGGUGCCGGAGUUGGUUCCGCCGCCGAUGCCCCAGCGUCGGCGAAGGAUAUGAUCGGAGAAAUUGAGAACCGGUCGGCGCAUUUACUAGCGAUUAAAACUGAUGUUGAGACACAAGGAGAUUUUAUUAGGUUUUUGAUCAAAGAAGUAGAACAUGCUGCAUUCACAGACAUUGAGGAUGUUGUGCCUUUUGUAAAAUGGCUUGAUGACGAGCUCUCUUACCUGGUUGAUGAAAGGGCUGUUCUGAAACACUUUGAAUGGCCUGAACAGAAGGCUGAUGCACUGAGAGAAGCUGCAUUUGGAUAUUGUGAUCUAAAGAAACUUGAAUCUGAGGCAUCGUCCUUUCGUGAUAAUCCCAGACAACCCUGUGGCACAGCUCUUAAGAAGAUGCAGGCCUUAUUUGAAAAAUUAGAGCAUGGAAUUUACAAUUUGUCAAGAAUGAGAGAAUCAGCUACAAAGAGAUAUAAGGUCUUUCAAAUUCCAAUUGAGUGGAUGCUGGAUACUGGUUUUGUUACUCAGAUCAAGCUGGCAUCAGUAAAAUUAGCUAUGAAGUACAUGAAGAGGGUAUCCGCUGAGUUAGAAAUGGUUGGUGGUGGUCCCGAAGAAGAAGAGCUUAUAAUUCAAGGCGUUAGGUUCGCCUUUCGUGUACAUCAGUUUGCGGGUGGUUUUGACGUGGAGACAAUGAGGGCAUUCCAAGAGCUGAGAGACAAAGCAAGAUCGUGCCAUAUACAAUGUCAAAAUCAGCAACACAAAUAUGUUUGCAGAUCUACACCUUGCUAAUUCAAAAUCUGCAGCAAACUCAGCUUCAGAAUGCUGUUAUUUUUGUUGUAUAAAAAAUGACAUCACCAAUGUGUAUGUGAAUAUACCAAUGGCAGUAGCCAUUUUUAUGCAUAAGCAUUUAUUAAUUUAUUCAUAA